AAGGUCCCUUUUGUGGUCUAUUGGAAAAUGAACAGUUGUUGUCAACUUUAUAGGGCCAUAAAUCAAUUGUGGCAGAAUCUGGCUACAUGGACCCAGUCACCUUUGCUCAGUGCUCCUCAUGGAUAGCUGAGGGACAGACACAGCAAAGAAAAAGACAAGGCUAUGAGAUGGCGAGGAAGCUCAGUACAUUGGAAGUCCUUCUGGUCAUCUUCUUCCUAAUUGUGUUUGCUGUGGAUAUCCUCUUGCUGCUGCUUCUGUUGGAGACACCGACAGAUACUUCGUUUACUCCAGAGUGCCCAGAGAUCCCCCAAUCAGAAAGGAUAGACUGCACGCCUGGCCAGGUGGUGACAGAGGAUGUCUGCAGGUGGCACUAUAAGUGCUGCUGGAAGCUGGAGGCAGAUGUCAACAUCCCUCCAUGCUUCUUCCCCAGGAACUGGGGCUAUGAAGUCAGCGAUGGCCCGACAGAUAGUAGCACAGGGCUUACCGCCCACUUGAAAAGGUUGCCAUCUCCAUCUCUGUUUGGAAAUGAUGUCAACAACACCUUCUUCACAGCCGAAUUUCAGACAUCCAAUCGGUUGCAUUUUAAGAUCACAGAUUCGAAUAACGUGCGCUAUGAAGUCUCCCAUGAAAAUGUGAAGCUGCUUAAAGCGACCGCUAAUAUCUCCAAUUUGAGCUAUCAAAUGGAAGUCACCAGAAACCCCUUCAGCAUCAAAAUAAUGAGGAUGAGCAACAACAGAGUCUUGCUGGACACAAGCAUCGGGCCCCUCCAGUUUGCUGAGCAGUACUUGCAGCUGUCUUUCCGACUGCCCAGUGCCAACGUGUAUGGGCUGGGAGAACACGUGCACCAGCAGUACCGCCACAACAUGUCCUGGAAGACCUGGCCCAUCUUCACCAGGGACACCACCCCCACUAAGGGCAUGAUUAAUCUGUAUGGAGCUCAUACAUUCUUCCUGUGCCUUGAGGACAGCAGUGGCUCCUCUUUCGGAGUUUUUCUGAUGAACAGUAAUGCCAUGGAGGCCACCCUUCAGCCUGCUCCUGCAAUCACUUACCGCACAAUUGGGGGUAUUCUUGACUUUUAUGUAUUCCUGGGAAACACUCCAGAACAAGUGGUUCAGGAAUACCUGGAGGUUGUUGGACGACCAUUCAUGCCAUCCUACUGGAGUCUUGGGUUCCAGCUCAGUCGCAGGGAUUAUGGUGGCAUCAACGGAUUGAGAGAGGUUGUAAACCGCAACCGUUUAGCUGAGAUCCCAUACGAUGUCCAGUACUCUGACAUAGACUACAUGGAUGGAAAGAAGGACUUCACUGUUGACCAAGGGGCUUACCCUGGUCUCCCAGAUUUUGUCAAGGAGCUACAUGACAAUGGACAGAAAUAUGUAAUUAUUAUGAAUCCUGGCAUCCUCAAAGACUCUGGGUAUGACCCCUAUAACGAAGGAAGCAUAAAAAGAAUAUGGAUCUUGGGCAAAAAUGGCUUUGCUGUUGGGAAGGGAUACCCUGGGGAGACAGUCUUUCCUGAUUACAGCAACCCAAAGUGUACUCAGUGGUGGGCAGACCAGUUCACUAAAUUUCAUAAGUAUCUGGAAUUUGAUGGAGUGUGGAUUGAAAUGGAUGAAGUAUCUAACUUCCUCCAAAGUUCUGAUCAGGAGUGCGAAUCAAACAGCUUGAACUUUCCUCCUUUUACUCCCAGUGUUCUAGACCGCUCGCUUUUUGCAAGAACCCUCUGCAUGGACACAGAGUUUCACUCGGGUCUCCACUAUGAUGUCCACAGCUUGUAUGGAUACACCAUGGCAAUAGCCACAGACUUGGCCAUGGAGAAUAACUUUGUCAAUAAAAGGAAAUUCAUCUUAUCUCGUUCCACUUUUGCUGGAUCUGGAAAAUUUGCUGCUCAUUGGUUGGGCGACAAUGCAGCCACAUGGGAUGACCUUCGGUGGUCCAUCCCCAGUAUCCUUGAGUUCAACCUGUUUGGCAUCCCCAUGGUAGGUGCCAACAUCUGUGGUUAUACAAAAAAUGUCACAGAGGAGCUCUGCAGAAGGUGGAUGCAGCUUGGAGCAUUUUAUCCACUAUCAAGGAAUCACAAUGGGGCUGGGUUUAGGGACCAGGACCCCGCCGCCUUUGGUGCUGACUCGCAGCUGUUGAAUUCCUCCAGGCACUACCUGAACAUCCGCUACACCCUGCUGCCCUAUCUCUACACCCUCUUCUACCGCGCUCACACCUGGGGGGAGACUGUAGCCAGGCCCCUUGUCCACGAGUUCUACCAGGACUCAGCCACGUGGGAGGUGCACGAGCAGUUCUUAUGGGGGCCUGGGCUCCUCAUCACGCCUGUUUUAUAUGAAGGCGUGUACCAAGCGAAGGCAUACAUACCGGACGCCACCUGGUACGACUAUGACACAGAAGUGGCCAUCCCGUGGAGGAAACAGUGGGUGAAUAUGUCACUCCCAGGCGAUAAGAUAGGACUUCACCUUCGAGGGGGCUACAUAUUUCCCACCCAGCAGCCAAACACAACCACGGAGGCCAGCCGGAAGAAUUCCCUGGGACUCAUUAUCGCCUUGGACUAUAAGAGAGAAGCCCAGGGGGAGCUGUACUGGGAUGAUGGUGUAUCUAAAGAUGCUGUAACUGAGAAGGCAUACAUUCUGUAUCACUUCUCUGUUACCUCUAACCGCCUACAGGCAAAGAUUAUAAAUAAUAAUUAUACAGAUCCUGACAACCUCAUGUUUACAUAUAUCAGAAUCCUGGGAAUGGACAAGCAGCCGGCCAAUUUUACUGUCUUAGUGAAUAAUGCUGCCACUUCCAACCUGAACAUCGCCUACAGUGUUUCCACAAAGGUGGUGACCAUCACCGAUCUCCAGGGACUGGUGCUGGGACAGGAAUUCUCUAUCGAGUGGCACCUUCCAGUCAGCGACCUGGAGAAGUUCAACUGUUACCCUGAAGACCCUACUGCCUCUGAGGAAAGCUGCAGGCAGCGGGGGUGCCUGUGGGAGCCCACGACGACUCCUGGCGUGCCUACCUGUUACUAUGACACCAUUCCUGAUUAUGCUGUUGGUAACAUUCAGUACCUGUCCACGGGCAUCACGGCAGACCUUGCUCUCCUGGUGGCCCCUGAGUUGGCACGGACAGCAGAGUCCUCAAGGGCAGCAGACGCGCCACCACUGCCACCAGAGGGUGCGCUACCCCCAUCUACAUCUGCAGCAGCAGCUGCUGCCUCUGAUUUUCUCUCUGCAAAGAUCAGCUCCCUCCACCUGAGCGUGACCUACCACACAGAAGACAUGCUGCAGGUCAAGAUCUAUGACACCGCUAAUAAAAGGUAUGAGGUCCCAGUACCUCUGAACACCCCUCCCUCACCAGUUGACCGCCCUGAAAACUGUCUGUAUAAUGUCAUGAUUCAGAACAGUCCUUUUGGAAUUCAGAUUCAACGCAAAAGCUCUGGCACUGUGAUCUGGGACUCACAGCUCCCCGGCUUCACCUUCAAUGACAAGUUCCUCUCCAUCUCCACUCGCCUGCCCUCUCAGUACAUCUAUGGCUUUGGGGAAACUGAGCACACAGCUUUCAGAAGAAACAUGAGCUGGAACGUGUGGGGAAUGUUUGCUCGCGAUGAGCCACCAGCGUACAAGAAGAACUCCUACGGUGUCCACCCCUACUACAUGGCACUGGAGGAGGAUGGCAGUGCCCAUGGAGUGCUCUUGCUGAACAGCAAUGCCAUGGAUGUAACAUUACAGCCCACUCCUGCCCUGACAUACCGCACGAUAGGAGGGAUUUUGGACUUUUAUGUGUUUUUGGGGCCGACCCCUGAACUAGUAACUCAGCAAUACACCAAGUUGAUUGGUCGGCCAGCGAUGAUUCCCUACUGGGCCUUGGGAUUCCAGCUGAGUCGCUAUGGAUACCAGAAUGAUACUGAAAUCUCCGAUUUGUAUGAUGCAAUGGUGGCAGCCCAGAUUCCCUAUGACGUCCAGCACGUAGACAUCGAUUACAUGGACCGGAAGCUGGACUUCACCCUCAGCCCCAGCUUUCAAAACCUCGGUCUCCUGAUUGACCAAAUGAAGACAAAUGGCAUGAGAUUUAUUCUCAUUCUGGACCCAGCCAUUUCUGGUAAUGAAACCCAGUAUCUCCCAUUCAUUAGAGGACAAGAAAACAAUGUGUUCAUCAAAUGGCCCGGCACCAAUGACAUUGUCUGGGGAAAGGUUUGGCCAGAGCUACCCAAUGUAAUUGUGGAUGGAUCCCUUGACCACGAAACUCAGGUUAAGCUGUACAGGGCCUACGUUGCCUUCCCUGACUUCUUGCGUAAUAGCACAGCUGCAUGGUGGAAGACCGAGAUACAAGAGCUCUAUGGAAACCCUCGAGAGCCAGAGAAGAGCUUGAAGUUUGACGGAUUGUGGAUUGAUAUGAAUGAGCCAUCAAAUUUCGUGGAUGGAUCAGUCAGGGGCUGCAGUGAUGAAACUCGUAAUAACCCACCCUAUAUGCCACAUCUGGAGUCCAGAGACAAGGGACUGAGCAGCAAGACCCUGUGCAUGGAGAGCCAGCAGAUCCUGCCGGACGGCUCCCCAGUGCGGCACUAUGACGUGCACAGCCUGUACGGGUGGUCCCAGACCAGACCCACGUACGAAGCUGUGCAGGAGGUGACCGGACAGCGAGGGGUCGUCAUCACCCGCUCCACAUUCCCCUCUUCUGGCCGCUGGGCAGGACACUGGCUGGGAGACAACACAGCUGCCUGGGACCAGCUGGGGAAAUCUAUCAUCGGCAUGAUGGAGUUCAGUCUCUUCGGAAUACCGUAUACAGGAGCAGACAUUUGUGGGUUCUUCGGAGAUGCUGACUAUGAGAUGUGUGUCCGCUGGAUGCAGCUGGGGGCGUUUUAUCCCUUUUCCCGGAACCACAACAACGUCGGGACACGGAGACAAGAUCCUGUGGCCUGGAAUUCAACCUUUGAGAUGUUCUCCAGAAAAGUCCUCCGGACCAGAUACACACUGCUGCCCUACCUCUAUACUCUGAUGCACAAAGCUCACGUGGAAGGCAGCACUGUGGUCCGGCCCCUUCUCCACGAGUUUACAGACGACAUCACGACAUGGGAUAUAGACCGUCAGUUCAUGCUGGGCCCUGCCAUCCUAGUCAGCCCAGUGCUGGAAAGUAACACUUUUGAGAUCCGUGCUUAUUUUCCCAGAGCCCUUUGGUAUGACUAUAGCAUGGAAUCUGGCAACAAAUCCGCAGGUGAGUGGAAAACCCUGGAGGCUCCCCUCGACCACAUCAACCUUCAUGUCAGGGGAGGCUACAUCCUGCCUUGGCAAGAGCCUGCAAUGAACACUAACUCCAGUCGUCAACAAUUUAUGGGAUUGAUUGUUGCUUUGGAUGACAAUGGGGAAGCUGAAGGUGAGAUAUUCUGGGAUGAUGGACAAAGCAUUGAUACCUAUGAAAAUGGAAAUUACUUCUUGGCAAACUUUACAGCAGCUCAGAACAACCUGCAAAUCCGGACUAUACACAAUAAAUAUUUGGAUGACUCAAAUCCAUUGAAAGUUGGAUAUAUUAGAAUCUGGGGUAUAAACUCUACUUAUGUGACACAAGUCUAUUUAAUCUAUGACAACCAGCAAUUUGUGGAGACGAAUUUCACAAGUGACCCUUAUGUCCAGACACUAACUAUUCAAUUGACUGACAAGAUUAUCAGCCUGGAAAAGUUAACUGAGGUUGUUUGGAUUCAUGGUGGUCCUAUAGUUCCUACUCCAGCUAUGACAAGUACCUCCCCCAUGAGUUCUCAUACUCCUCUAUCUACUACUGAGGCUACCAGUUCUGAGACUGUCACUAGUUUCGCUAGUACAAGUACUACUGCUAGCACUACUAGUGCUACUGUUUCUGUCACAACCACUCCUUUCCCAACAAGUACUACUAAUGUUAUAACUAGUACUGCUGUUCCUGAUACAACUACUCCUUCCCCUACAAAUACUGCUAGCUGAUAGCACUAGUACUGUGUUUAUGGCACAACCACUCCUUUCCCAACAAGUACUACUAAUGUUAUAACUAGUACUGCUGUUCCUGAUACAACUACUCCUUCCCCUACAAAUACUGCUACUGAUAGCACUAGUACUGCUGUUUAUGGCACAACCACUCCUUUCCCAACAAGUACUACUAAUGUUAUAACUAGUAUUGCUGUUCCUGAUACAACUACUCCUUCCUCUAUAAGUACUAAUAUUGCUAGCACUAGUACUACUGUUUAUACCACAGCCAUGUCCUAUCCUACUGCUGAUACUAACACUAGUAUUACUACUCCUAAUACAACUACACCUUCCCCUACUGCCAAUACUAGUGCUACUAUUCCUAUCACAACUACUCCUUUCCCAGAAAAUACUACUGUUACAACUACUACUACUGUUCCUGAUACAACUCCUUCUUCCUCUGCAAGUACUAAUACUGCUAGCACUAGUGCUACUGUUUAUACCACAGCCAUAUCUUCUCCUACUGCUGAUGCUAACGCUAGUACUACUACUAAUACAACUAUGCCUUCCCCUACAAGUAUUACUACUGCUAGAACUAUUUCAAUCACUCCUUUUCUGACAAGUAUUGCUGAUGCUAGCAUGAGUACUACUGCUCUUAUUACCCCUACUCCUUCCCUAACAAAUACUGCUGAUGUUAGUACUAGUACUACUAUUUCUAAUAUAACUACUCCUUUUCCAACAAAUACUACUAAUGCCAACUCUAGUACUAAUGUUUCUUUUAUAACCACUUCCUCUCAUGUAAGUACUGAUAAUAGUAGCACAAAUACUGUUCCAAUUACAACUGUUCCUUCUCUUACAAACACUGAUGCUGAUACUACUAGUAAUAGCUUUUCUAUUAUGACUACUUUAUCUGAAAUUACUAAUGUUAUGAAUACUACUGUUGUUAUGGUAACAACUACUUCUACAAAUACUGUUGUUGCUAGCACUAGUAAUGAUACUUCCGUUACAGAUCCUCUUUCACCUACAAUGUCUGGUGGUGACAGCACUAGUAAUAGUAUUUCUAUAAUGACUACUUCUUCUGCAAAUACUCUUGCUACUAACACUAAUAAUACUCCGUCUGUUGUGAGUAAUACUCUUUCUACAAGUAUGAGUACUGCUAACACUGGUAAUAUUGUUCCGAUUGUGACUACUCCUUCUCCAAGUACUGACGCUAUUAGCACAAAUAAUACUAUUCCUGUCAUGACUACUUAUUACCAAACUCCUUCCACCACUCCUACUCCUACUCUUACUUUUACUCCUAACUCCACUACUCCUAUUUUGAGCAUAUUUCCAACAAAUGAUACAUUCACUACUGAUAUAAUCACUAAUUUUACUACCUUUACUAAUGCAAACACCACUAAUUUCAACACCCUUGAUACAAAAAGUACCACAAUAAUAGAUGCUACUAUUGCUACUACCGGCACCAAAGAUAAUACCACUAGUCCAGAUACAGCAGUUACUUCAACAGACAAAUUCACUGCACAUACUGAACCUUUCUCUAGUCCUCAUUCUGCUACUACUGCCAUACCAACCUUAAGCCACACGACAUUAAUUUCUACAAAAUUUUCUACUCUGGGCACCAUUGAUAUUACUGAUGCAGAUAACUCUGGCGGGGUUACACGUAACACUACACACAUUUCUAUUCCCAAUAUCACAACAGCUUCAGACAUGAUAACAAUGGCUAGUCUACAUACAGAAACUCACCAUCUGGCAACAGCACAUUCUUCAGAUGAUUAUUUACCUAUUACUGCAACUAGUGCUACGACAGAUAUUACAAAUAGUACCACACAUGCUUUAAAUACUACUAUUCCUGAUGGAAUGACAAUGGUACUUGUGCUACUGUAUAUACUUGUAGUGCCCUAAAUUCUACUCUAGUUCCAUGAUUACUACUCAAGGCAGGAUCAUUACCUCAGAUAGCUCUUUAAGACAACUAUGACAGAUUAGAAUAUCAGCUAACAGACAUUCUAUCUUAUGCUACCUAAGUUUUCACAAUUAUUAGUGCUCUAGCCACUAGCCACUAGCCACUAGCCACUAGCCACUUGGCUACUCCAAGCACAGUAAAUGUUGAAGAUAUGUUUAGGAUGUUAUGCAUCCAUUACAAGCUGUGGAUACUUAUUUUGCAGCAGAAUAUGUACUACUGUUCUUUAAGUUGUAGUUAUUCCUAUGGCCCCAUCAAUUAAACUACAGAUAAUUUAUACGUACCUGCUAUAGAUGUCACAGGUCAUCUUGGUGUCUCAGAUAACACCAUGUUAGGCCCUAUAAAUGCUGUUUCUUUACAUGUAGUUGUAGUUAUUGCAAUAGCCCAACUUGCUUAUUGGGUUAUAGGACAUAAUACCCAUAACUGAGAGCACUGGCGAUACUCCUGGCAUUCCAGUGGCCUCUAUAACAAUAGAGUAUUGUUAUAUAUAACAAUAUAACCUCUAUAACAGUAGAGUAUUUAAUUAGUAAUGAUAAAAGUUGCACUUUAUUUUCCUGUGGACUUUUCCAAAUACCAUGGCUACCAAUAUAGUCACUUGCUAUUACACAUACUAAAAGUAUUAUUGACCCUGAAGAGAUCCUAGCUAUAGCUACAGAUAUAGAUUUUGCUACCUUGUAUAUACCUUGACUUCAGGCACUGAGAUAAUUAAAUUAGAAAUAUUGCAUGUUAGUUUUACUAUCAUAGAAAAUAAAAAUACGACUAUAGAUGUUAAAAGCAUAAAUUCCAAAACUUUGCAACCAUCAUUUUCAUAGGGACUACCAAUAUUCUUACUAGAGAUUUGUUAAGUACUUCCAUUUACUUCCAGAAAAUUAGAAUUAAUCUUAAUUAUGAGAUAGUCUUAAGCCCUUGCUGUUGCCACCAAUGAUCGGCUCUGACUCUAGCAUAAACCAGACAUCAUGCAGACAGAGAUGAGAAUGUAAAGAUAGCAUGGGAAAGACAGCUCUGCCUUGGCAUCAGAGCUCAUAAUCUUACUUGCUUUUUCUUUUUAUCUACCAGCUUUUCUCUCAUUAUUUCACUGUCCCGACUCUCCUUUGGUGUGUUAGGGCUUUCAGCACGUUUAUGGUCUUUCAUAUACAAAUUCACCAUCUACCUUUGACCUAUUACUUCCUUACGUCAUCCAGCCCUCCAUGAGUAGACUCAUGGUCAUUACCAAAUCUAUCCAGUUGGGUGCUAUUGAAGACUUAACCCUAGGGCAGUAUUCUCAAAGUUUAGCUUAGGGUUCCAUGGGGUGCAUCUUUUUGGGGCACACCGUUCAUAUCUGUUUUCAUGAUAGUACUAAAUUGUUAUUGGUUUUUUUCACUCCCAUGCUCUCAUUAGUAUACAGUGGCAUUUUCCAGAGACUUUGUGCUGUGUGGUAUCACCAUAGAUGAAUAUAGAGACUGAUGUAAGGAUCUAGCUGUCUUCUAUUAAGCCAGACAUUAAAGAGAUUUAUAAAGUGUAAAAUAAUGCCAUUCUUCUUAUACUGAUUAUUUUGCUUUGGAAAAUAUAGUUAUUUCUCCUAAAA